AUGGCGGACUAUCUGAAUUUCACAAGCAAGAACUUUGCUGGUAUCGCAUCAACGCUAGAUGAAGGCAAUGUUGAUCCCCUCUAUGGCUCUGAGUACGACUUUCCGCGAGAUUUGAUUGGCUACGGGAGAGAAUCUCUAGACCCCCAGUGGCCAAAUGGGGCAAAGAUUGCAAUAUCAUUUGUCAUAAAUUAUGAAGAGGGAGCUGAGCGUACGGUCAGCAACGACGAUGAACAAUCGGAAUCUCAUCUCUGGGAACAGUCCAAUAUCGGUCCGCGUGUUGGAGCGUACAAGUUUCCGGUGAUUGCGUAUGCUGUUGGUAUGGCACUGGAAAAGAACCCAGCAGUUGCAAAGGCUUUCUUGGAUGGGGGACAUGAAAUCGCUUCCUAUGCGUAUCGGAUCCGCACCUGUGGGUUGGCUCUAAUCCAUAAAAUCCAUGAAGAGAGGAGCCUUCCGUUGCUGUAUGAGUCUGAUUACUACGACGACGACCUGCCCCAUUGGGUUGAUGUUCCAGCGGAGAAAUCGAAAGACCUAAAAGAGGCCAACGGGAUGUUGAUGAUUCCUUACAGCUACGACUGCAACGACCUCAAAAUCCAUUCCCCUCAAGGUGUAGGAGGACCUGGUGCUUUCGAAGAAAACUUGAAGAAUGCUUUCGAUACACUCUACGAAGAAGGCCUCGCAGGCAAGCCAAAGAUGAUGACGAUUGGCUUACACUGCAGGAUCAUUUCAAAAUCGGGCCGAUUCCCAGCGCUGAAGCGGGUUGUACAAUACGCAGCUUCGAAGCCGGAUGUAUGGAUGACUACUCGGAAGGAUAUUGCGGUCCACUUUCGUGAAAAGUUUCCUUACAGCAAAAAAUGA